AUGUCUGAAAAUAUUGAACAAACAGCGCAAGAGGAAAAUCCAAUAAUUGAAAGUUGCGAGGAGAGACAAAUCGACAAGGACGAAACAAAAGAAAUUCCAGACUCUAUUAAAAAGAGCGGAAAACCAAAAGAGAAAAAUUUCACCAAAAUAACCGAUCAUGCAUCAGAUAAAUCACCAACGAAAUCUGACGAUAAUACACAAAAUAAGCCUACCGACGAAAUUAUGAUCAAUUCUUCUCCUUUUUCUAAUAAUAGCAGUAAUAGCAGCAGCAGUCUCAAUCAAUCAAAAUUGGAAUUUGAAUCAUCGUUAUGCCUACAAUGUCUUUACAUUUCUCAACAACACUAUCACCACUAUUAUCAUCAAUUCCCUCAUCGCAAUCACCAACAUGGCCAUAGUCAACCAACCUCUCCUAAUUUACCGACAGGACCCUCUUCAUUCAAUAAUGGAUUAUCUUUUCCUCUUCAAUAUUAUUUUGCUUUACCCAAUACGGAAAAUCACAAAAUUAUGAAUGGAGGAAAUUUGAUAAUUUUAAAUCAACAUCAUGAAGAACAGAUUACCUCAAAUAUUGGAUGUAGUCAUUGUAAUAACAUUAUCAAGAGCGGUGGUAAUGGCAAUGGUAAUAGCAAUGCUAGCGUCAACAACAACAAUCAUAAUGCAUCGACAACAAGACCAUCUCCUCGAACUAAUUCUAGCAAAAUCAUCAAAACUGGCGAGAUUUAUCGAUGUUCAAAUUGCGGUGCAAGGGAAACACCAGCUUGGAGACGAGAUUUACAAGGAGAAGCUUUACUUUGUAAUGCAUGUGGCUUAUAUCUUAAGGUUAAGGGGAGACAGCGUCCUACAGAAGUUGAUACUGAUGGAGAAAUUCGUUUAAUUAAACCGGAAAAGGCAGGGACAGGACCACCAAGUUGUCAAAAUUGUGGCACGCAAGAAACUCCUUGUUGGAGAGGGUCAGAAGGCAGUAAACUUUGUAGGUUAUCAUCAUUAGAUUAA